ACAACAAGCUUAACUCUAUGGACGUUUGUCCGUCCACUUCCAAAAAAUAAAUCUGGAUAUAGCCGUCUUUUCAAAAAUCAAUAUUGAAAAUAACCGCCAAAGAAACAAUAAGGCUUUAAUUAACAUCCGUUAGAGUGGAGGUCCAGUCUGUCGUACCCACUCCACCAAAAUAUCUCUUCAUUUUAUAGUUUACAUCACAGAAUAUUGCUUGCUUGCUGUACGUUCACGUUUCAUAAUAAGGUCAUGGUCCUUCUUUGAUAUUUCUCAACAUUCCAUCGGUGGCUUGCCACAACAAAAAAGAGUACCAUGAGCACAUAUCUAUUUUCGAUGAAAAUUCGAAAUGGAAAUGUUAUUAGCAAGACUUUUUCCUCUAUGUCAGUUCUCAUUACGAGACUUGUCAAAAUUAGUGACUGAUAUUUUUGAUAAAGUGAUAGUGAGCUUAAUCGAGUGCAUAUAUCCAGACUUUGAAGCUUAAUUUCGGUGUAAUUAUACAAACCAAAUUAUGUUGCAAGAAGUUGUGGAAGAUUAUGCUACUUAUUUAAAACUUGACGUAUGCAAUGGUUUUCAAAUUGUGCAAGAUGUUAUUGACAAUAUGUUGACGAGGUUAGAAGAACUAACAAGUGUACUACAGAUAAUAAGAGUAAAAAACAGUGAUUGUAAUUUAACUGUUACAGAAGAUGUCAGAAAAUAUCGAAACGAAAUAAAUGUACUCUCGAAAAAAAUCGCUACUGUUAAUGAUGUAGUUUUAAGAUUACAUUCCAAUGUAGAGAUACUAGAGAAACGAGUAGAAAAAGCAGAGUUUGAUUUUGGUAUACAUAACGACAACAAAUUGAAAAACUUAUUUAAACCAUUUUUAAAGCGCAAGGAACCUCUAAUUGCCAAAAAUACAUUAGAAAUGCCUGAGCGACUGCAAUUUGAAACAGUACUUGACAACUUUAAAAACUGAAUAUUGAAGAAAUUGGAACUCAAUAGUUACAUCAAGCAAGAGUUUAAA